AGAGCCUGUAUUCUUUAACACAAAUCGCUGUGUGUGUUGCAGUGGACAUAUUAUUGCUUGAGACUGGAUGGUUAUGACUUUGGAAAAAAAAUUAAGAUUUGCCGUCUUUAAAAAUCAUGGCAGCAGAAAAGCUACACUCUUCACCAUACUGUGUAUAUGGUCGAUGCUUACCUGGACUCGUGCUCAUGAACCUGAUUCAUCUACGGCCUCCGUAAAGCUGCUGUUCGACUGGUGCUCAGAUCCGGUUCCUAGUGAGAGUUCGGUUCUCAGUGCUGUCACAACUCUGCUGAAAUCUCGAUCUGCCAACAUCCCAGAUAAUGUGAAAAUACUGGGCUUCUACUAUGACAAAAUUCCAGGAAACUCCUUUAAAGUUGCCUUCAUAAUAAGAGUUAAUGACAAUCUGACAAAGAAGCAAAAACACGGGAAAAAUACCAAACAGCAAAUUAAAACAUCCAUCAAUAACCUAUUAAACAGAUUAUUUAAUGAACCUGGAGCAGAACCUUUUGAACCCCAUAGCUCCACCUUCAGGAAUUGGGAGCUUGAUAUAGAGUAUAGCUUUGGAUGUAGGCAAAGCAAACAUCCAGUCAGCUUCAUAAAUGAACUCAUUGCAUCAACAACUACGAGUAAGCUGAAGGACUACAAGAAAUCUGAUAAAUUACAUAACAAAAACAAACAGACAAAAGUUCCACCAACAACUACAAGAAAUCUGGAGGACAGCAAUAAAACAAAACAAGUGCAUGAAAGAAGAACCAAACAGACAACAGUUCUUCCAAAAACUACAACAAAUAGGAACAUCGAUGGAUCAACACUCACUCCAACUACACCUCUGGUACAGACUUCUCCAGAAUCUUCAACCACAAUCGAUGGAUCAACACUCACUCCAACUACACCUCUGGUACAGACUUCUCCAGAAUCUCCAACCACAAUUGGAGCAGCUGUGAUUCAAAUCAGGCUGGUGUUCAACGACUGCAUGAUUGUUCCUAGUGAGUGUUUGGUCCUCAGUGAUAUGGAAUCUCUGCUAAAAUCAACACUCACAAGCGUCUCAGAGUCAGUAACAGUGCUGGACUACAGCUACAACGAAAAAUCAAACACCUCAUUCGCAGUAAACAUCAUAUUUAGCAUCAAUAACAUCAGCAUGCCGAUGAACCCUGACCUCAGGAGUGACACCUACACCCAAGUGAAGAGCAUCUUCACUAACAUUGUGAACACAGUUCUAAAUAAUUCUGGUGCAUCUCCAUCUGAACCCACUACCUUCAACUUCACGAGUUCAGAUGAUCAAGUUAAUGGCUACAUGGAAUACAGUUUAUUAAGCUGCUUCAGUCAGCGUGAGAACGACCCAUCAACACUCACUCCAACUACACCUCUGGUACAGACUUCUCCAGAAUCUUCAACCACAAUCGAUGGAUCAACACUCACUCCAACUACACCUCUGGUACAGACUUCUCCAGAAUCUCCAACCACAAUUGGAGCAGCUGUGAUUCAAAUCAGGCUGGUGUUCAACGACUGCAUGAUUGUUCCUAGUGAGUGUUUGGUCCUCAGUGAUAUGGAAUCUCUGCUAAAAUCAACACUCACAAGCGUCUCAGAGUCAGUAACAGUGCUGGACUACAGCUACAACGAAAAAUCAAACACCUCAUUCGCAGUAAACAUCAUAUUUAGCAUCAAUAACAUCAGCAUGCCGAUGAACCCUGACCUCAGGAGUGACACCUACACCCAAGUGAAGAGCAUCUUCACUAACAUUGUGAACACAGUUCUAAAUAAUUCUGGUGCAUCUCCAUCUGAACCCACUACCUUCAACUUCACGAGUUCAGAUGAUCAAGUUAAUGGCUACAUGGAAUACAGUUUAUUAAGCUGCUUCAGUCAGCGUGAGAACGACCCAUCAACACUCACUCCAACUACACCUCUGGUACAGACUUCUCCAGAAUCUUCAACCACAAUCGAUGGAUCAACACUCACUCCAACUACACCUCUGGUACAGACUUCUCCAGAAUCUCCAACCACAAUUGGAGCAGCUGUGAUUCAAAUCAGGCUGGUGUUCAACGACUGCAUGAUUGUUCCUAGUGAGUGUUUGGUCCUCAGUGAUAUGGAAUCUCUGCUAAAAUCAACACUCACAAGCGUCUCAGAGUCAGUAACAGUGCUGGACUACAGCUACAACGAAAAAUCAAACACCUCAUUCGCAGUAAACAUCAUAUUUAGCAUCAAUAACAUCAGCAUGCCGAUGAACCCUGACCUCAGGAGUGACACCUACACCCAAGUGAAGAGCAUCUUCACUAACAUUGAGUUCAGAUGA